AUCGUUUUCGGAUGUCAGGAAGAAGCGUAGUCACGGCAGAACGCGUAUCUCCCACAGCGUGCAACUUUGCUCCGGUUCCAAAAGACAACACACAUUGCUCUCAGUUUUGCUGGCUUGUCGCGGCUUCUCCAAUGGGAGAGUUCCGGCGACGCAGCACGAAAUCAACGACAGAGAUUGGUUUUUGUCUUCGCGAAAAUAAGAGUUCUUCUGUGGACCUCACGGUCUCCGCGGUGGAGAGCGGUCCUCCGAAUGGGUUCAGCUCAGGCCGAUCACCCGCGGUCAGAAACUCUCAAAUCGACGGAGGCUGGUUCUCUGGAACGAGGAACAACGAAGAGUGCGCCUGUUUUUCUGUGCGAGUGUCUGCGUGGGUGUCGCGACCCCGAGGCUCGCGUCAGCCAGAGUUCUGUUGAAUAAGCCUCUGGAAGUGCAGAACUCAGGCGAUCCCUUCCGGCUACGAUACGCUGAGGUCGAGAAGGACGAACGAGACGAGGAAAACGACGUUUUCAGACAUCUUUGAGGCCUCCUUGACUCCGCAAGCUGGCCCCGAAAGUCUCAAACAGAAAGGCCGACGUGACUGCGACAAGACGAGGCUGUGCGUGCUGGUGAAACCUGCUCGACUUCUCUCCUCUCUCUCUGUGGAAAGAGAGAGAGCUCAUAUUUCCAGAGCAAAAGAUCUCCGCGUUCCCUGCCUUUUCUGCUCUCUUCGACGCUUUACUGAACACACCGGAAAGCGACCGGACGAAAGACGCGUCUCACCGCGGGGUGUAUGUACACCUCCUCCUGCGCAGCUGGCGAGGCGGCCGCGGUUGCGUCUCGACUCUCCCCAAGACUCGAGGCGCCGUGUGUGUGUUUGUGUGUCUGUUCGGUGCGUUUGAGUUCGACUUUUUGUUGCUUUUUCCUCUCUUUUCUUCUCGUCGCCUUCCUGGAGCGCCACACCGCCUGCAAAAGCGUUCCUCAACGUUCUUCGUCUCCCCGAUACUCUCUGUCUCUCUGCCUCUCUGUCUCUCUGCCUUGUCGCCGUCCACCCUGAAGCAUGGAGGUCAUCGUGAGGUGCAGCAACACCCGGCACCGCUUGAUUCUGCCGACAGAGGCGACGGUCGAGGACCUGCUGGUUCGCGUCCACGCCUUGACGGGUCUCAGCCCUGCGAGACAAGUUCUGAAAGUUGGCUUCCCGCCUCAGCUCGUCUGCUUCGCGCGAGGCAGCGAGCAGAGACUCGUCGACGCCGGUGUGCAUGCGAAGGACGUCAUCAUCGUCGAGGAGCGGAAAGGAGCGUUGAACCAGCUGCCUGAGGAGUCGCUUGCGCCUGGGCGAGGCCCCGAAGAACGGAUCGACGCGUGCGACGAGAAGAAGGGAGAGCCUCCGAAGGACAGAAAAGAACUCGACGAAGAUGGCAGAGAGAAUCUGCAUGCGCCGGGAAAGAACCGAGACGUGGGUUCGAGCGACCGGCGAUCAGAGGCUCACUCGCAACACCUUGGAAACGCCAGAACCACAUUAGUCUCAGGACGGCUUCCACCCAGCAGCAGCGCCCUCUCUUUUCCGCCCUCGGGUGUACGUACACCUGAGCCGUCGGCUGGAUCGCCCACCCCUGGCCUGACCGAGCCGCUGGUUUCUUCCUCGCAGAACAGACGGUCCGAGAGUCUCGCAGCUCGAGGGAGGUCUGCAGGGUCGUCUGCACCUGUGCCUGCGGAUGGAGGCGGGAGGCGCGGUACGACGGAGACUCCGUCUGAGAAGAAAGCGAGAGAGAGGUCGCGAGAGGCGGUCACAGGCGAAAUCGCGCAGCCUGGCCUCGUCGGCGAGGUCUUUCGUUUCGUCGUUCCGUCAGACAACAGCUGCUUGUUCACCUGUUUGUCGCUCUUGGCGGCGCCGGACAAGCAGCCGCAAGACCUGAGAGACCUCGUGGCGGCUGUGAUCGCGGGCGACCCUGAGUCGUUUUCCAGUGCAAUUCUCGGGAAGCCUCGCCAGGAGUACAUCCACUGGAUUUCCGAGCCGACCAGCUGGGGAGGGUACGUCGAGCUGGCGAUCUUGGCGCAGCAGCUGCGGCACGAGGUCUUGGUGGUGGACGUCGAAACGAGGAGGAAAGACUUCUACGGAGACCGAGGAACGGGGAAGAGGAUCUAUCUUCUUUACGACGGCGUACACUACGACGCGGUGCUCGCGCUGCCGCGACAGAGAGCUUUUCCGGGGGAGUUUGAGAAGGGAGAGGACAGACGCGGAGGAGGCGCGCUCUUCCGCGUCGGUGCGGAGAACCGAUUCUGCUUCUGUGUGUUCUCUCCCGACGACGCAGAGACGGAGGCGAAAGUCGUCGAGCUCGCGAGUGAGCUGCAGAGGAAAAGGAGCUUCGUGAACUUGAAGGAGAUGUCUCUCCUCUGCCUCGUCUGCGGAGUCGGCAUUCGAGACCAAGACGAGAUGCGUGCGCAUGCAAAGGAAACAGGUCACGCGAACUUUGAGAAGAUUCAGGCGAAGCAGUUGGAGGAUCUGGAGGUGAAGAGGAAACGAGUCGAGGCUAUAAAACAUAAGAAGGAGAUGAAGAGCGAGGAGAAGGGAGUCACGUAGAAGAGACGAUGAUGGUGAGAGUGGGGGAAGCGGUGUUUUUCGGAAGACGAGGUCGCUGGGAGAAGCGAGAGGAAAUAAAUGUACAGGGUCCCAUAGAGGAGGAGGAGAAGAGCACAAGAAAGGCGUUUCUUUCUGUUUUGCAGUCGAACGUGAAGAGAGUGUUCGACACCGCAGGUCUUCAACACAGGGAUGCUCGAGCGUUUUGGGAAUACUUUUCAAGACUCGCCUUCCAGAUGUUUUCGGUUCUUUUUUUCUCGACGCCCUCGCAGGUCCGUUUCCAGUGUAUGUUCAUCGUCAGGGAAGAUCGACUGUCUGGCGCGUCGAGCUUCAGAACCGUCUACGUUCUCCAGACUGCGUCUCUGUGUUUCGCUGCGCCUGACUGUCGCACAGUGAACGACUCUGAAGAUGGAAACAGGAAAUCGGAGUCGAUUUUAUAACUCGUGGUGUGCACUGUCCAGACACAGUCUUGUUGAAGAGGCUGUUAGCCGUG